AUGCCAACAUAUUCUUUAAGUUUUGUCAUAAUAAAUACUAAUGCAAUACACUGGCGUAAGCAAGAAGCUAUUAGCAGUAACUUAGAUAAUAAUAUAUCAAAAUCAUCAGAAAAUGAGUUCAAAGUAUAUUUUUUGCAAGGCAACCAUGAUGAAUGUUUACUAAGCGAUUCUUUAAUAGAAUUUGAAAAUUUAACCUUAGAUAAUAAGUAUAUAUCUAUGGAAAUAGAAGUAUCUAAUUCUCAAAAAGCUUCUUUUAAUAGAGAUCAAGCAUAUAGUAAAAGAAGAUUAUAUAAAUCUAAAGUAAAUAGAAGUAGUCGUAGUAAUAAUUCUUUUGUAGCAAAGGCUAGUCAACAGGCAAAUAUUCAAGAACUAUCAAAUUUUGUACCUUUACAACACAACUAUGAAAAAAGAUAUUCUUAUUCAAAAAUUAAACCUCUUGUAUCAUCUAUUCAAGAAACUUGUAAAAGAUUAUUUAUACCAAGUUCAAAUAUAUCUAUAGAUAAGAUGUUUGUUUGUUUUUCUGGAAAAAGUGUACAUACUGUUCAUAUGAAAAACAAACCUACUUCUGAAGAUUAUAAAAUUUUGUCUUUGUGUGAUUUAGAAUAUAUAUGGACAUUUUUUUUUUCAUCACGUAUUGAAAAAGCAUCAAACUUAUCUGAUAUUUCAGGAAUUAAUGAAAUAGAGUGGCAU